CUGCUGUUCAUUCAGCAGCUCAGCACGACCGUGAUCGCACCAUGCUCAUCCACUCCAAACUGGUAACCUUUAUGCUUGUGCUGUCCCUUAACAGGCAAGUUUAUGCAGGUACUAUUGUCGGAGGUCAUGAGGCUCAGCCACACAGCAGGCCUUACAUGGUGUUAAUAGAAAGGCAGGUGCAGGGUAAAAUCAAGUUCUGUGAUGGCUUCCUGCUGAAUGAGGAUUUUGUGAUGUCUGCUGCCCACUGCCUAGCCAAUGCAUACACCGUCUUGCUAGGACUUCAUGAAAUGCACAACACUCCUGGAGUACAGCGUAUACCAGUGAGCCAAGUAUUUCCACAUAAAGGCUACAAUUCAACUGUUUACAAAAACGAUGUAAUGCUUCUUAAGUUGACCUUCAAGGCAAAUUUCAGCAAGAACGUGCGACCCAUUGACCUCGCAGGACAAGAUGACGGUUCUCUACCGAAGUCUUGUAUAGUCUCCGGUUGGGGAAAAACAAGCAGAAGUGACAUAUAUAUCUCUUCUAAACUCAUGGAAGUCAAUGUAACACUGAUCAAUGAUUCUAAUUGUGGUCUAGAGAACUCUUACUGCUCUGAGGGAGAGGUUGGCCCAGCUGAAGGAGACUCUGGUGGCCCAUUGGUCUGUGAAGGUGGAAAAGCAUACGGGGUCGUGUCCUCUAUCUUCACACCACAUUCGGGUGGCCCGCUGAUCUACAGAUACGCUAAGAUUCCUGACAAGAAAGACUGGAUCACUUCCACCAUGAAAAAUGCUCUUCGUUAAUGCAACUGGUUGACCGGCUGACAACGUCUGAUUCGAGUGUCUGUGUUACUCAUAACUGAGAUGCUAAUGUCAAGUUGUUCCCUAUCAAUAAGUCCGGGCUUGCUGGCUUUCGAUAGAUUUAGUCACACUAUGCUUUAGACACAAAUUAAAUAUGAUUUAAAUCUGUAGAAUCUGUAGUCUGCGCUGUUUACAAGUUGUAUUAUCUAUUGAUAUGACAUACUGCAUUGCAUUACGCUUGAUUAGAUCAAAUGUGAUCAAACACACUGUGUUCUAAGUUGGUUUUGCUUUUACUUUUAAACAAUAAACUGCUGCAUUCACUCA